AUGGAGCAAUUCAGGCAGAUUGGAAAGGUGAUUGGAAGUUUAAAUGCCUUCAUGGUAUUCCAAGAUGAUAUAAAGAUUAAUCAGAGACAAUGCUGUUUAUUGGUUGAUAUGUUUACUUCAGCAUAUAAAACAGUUGCAGAGCAAAUCAAACAGAAUUUGAGAUUUGAAGAAAAGGACACAAAAUGGAAAAUUAUUGAGCAUCCAUUAAAGGAGCUUCUGAGAAUAUUCAAAGAAGGAGAGACGUACCUUAGGCAGUGUUUGGAAACAAAGAAUUGGUGGGGAAAAGCAAUAUCCCUCUACCGGAAUAAGGACUGCGUCGAGUUUCAUAUACAUAACUUGUUGUGCUGUUUUUCGGUUGUCGUUGAAGCAAUUGAGAUGGCGGGGGAGAUAUCGGGGAUGGAUCAAGAUGAAAUGCAGAAGAAGAAGGUUAUGUAUUCAUUGAAAUACCAGAAGGAUUGGAAGGAUCCUAGACUUUUUCAGUGGAAAUUUGGAAAACAGUAUCUGGUUUCUCAAGAUUUUUGUAACCGGUUAGAUUCAGCUUGGGACGAAGAUGGAUGGUUUUUACUCAAGAAGAUUCAAGAAAAGAAGAAGUUGGGUGGAUUAAGUUCGAAGAAUGAUCAGAAACUAGCUGAUAUUUUUUUGAAGAAUUUAUAUGGCUCAGAGACAAUGGAUGAUGUACUUUUACCUUGUGCAACUUUGGUAAGUUCAAAGGAUUAUCAGGUGAGACGACGUUUGGGAAAUGGGAGCCAGUAUAAGGAGAUUCAUUGGUUGGGUGAAACCUUUGCUUUAAGACACUUUUUUGGGGACAUUAAGGAGCUGAUACCUGAGAUUUCUAAGGAAUCAGGUCUGUGUCAUCCGAAUAUAAUGCACGUCCUUUGUGGGUUUUCUGACGAGGAAAGGAAAGAAUGUUUCUUGGUAAUGGAACUCAUGGAGAGAGAUCUAUCCAAUUACAUUAAGGAACUCUGUGGUCCAAGAAAGCGAAUUCCGUUCACACUUCCAGUUGCUGUUGAUCUUAUGCUGCAGAUAGCAAGAGGAAUGGAAUAUCUCCAUUCAAAAAAAAUCUAUCAUGGAAAUUUAAACCCUUCUAACAUUCUUAUAAAAGCCAGGAAUGUUAGUAAAAACGGGGAUUUACAUGCUAAAGUGUCGGGUUUUGGUCUAUCAUCCUCUAUUAGUCUCACACAAAAAGCCCCCAAAAGUCCUAGUGGACAACUUUCUUUUAUUUGGUAUGCACCAGAAGUGCUAACAGAGCAAGAAGAGUUGGGCAUUGAGGGAGGAAAUUUGAAGUACACCAAGAAGUCAGAUGUUUACAGCUUCGGGAUGAUCUGCUUUGAGCUUUUAACGGGGAAGGUCCCUUUUGAAGAUAGCCAUCUUCAAGGAGAUAAAAUGAGCCGAAACAUUAGAGCAGGAGAGAGACCACUUUUCCCGUUCCAUUCACCUAAAUAUGUAGCAAACUUGACAAAGAAAUGUUGGCACUCAGAUCCCAAUCAAAGGCCGAGUUUCUCAUCUAUCUGUAGAAUUCUUCGCUACAUUAAGCGUUUCUUAGUCAUGAACCUUGAACACAGCCAGAUAAACCCACCUAUGCCACCAGUAGAUUUCAGCGAUAUUGAGGCUGGGAUCAUAAGAAGCUUUCCUUAUAUGGGAAAGUCCAAUCUGUUGCCUGUGUCACAAAUCCCAUUUCAGAUGUUUGCUUACAGAGUGACAGAGAAGGAAAAACCAAAUACAAAUCAGAGAGACACCUCCGAAUCAGGAAGUGAUGGAGCUUCGGCUUGUGGGGAGGAUAAUAUAAUAGCAGACGAUCCAUUACCAUCACCAACACCACCACCAUCACCAAGGCCAACUGUAAAGAAGUGUGUAUCCUCUCCCGACAUGUCAAACAAGAAAAUUUCAUUAUCAAAGAAAUCACUGAGCAUCAAAGCCAAGAAACUGCCAGGGACACCGAAGGGAAGAUCAGUAAGGCCUCCACAAAUAACACCUAGUGGACGCAGUAUGAGGAUGAAUUCCGAAAGUCAGCUGAUGUUAAUGAGUCCAAAGCCAUGGAGGACAUCCGGUCAUGUCUCUGAUUCUGAGCUCUCCUAG